AUGGCUGUAUCGAACUUCCCGUCGCCUACCGAUAUCGGUCGCACAUCUACAUCAUCAGCUCCCAGUCCGUUCCAGCAGGACUCGCCAAAUUUCCCACACAGAACGCUGCAAGGCCGAAAUAGCACUCCGGCACUGUCUUCGGGAUUCGGCGCUCCGAUGCCGUCAGCACUCGAAGCGAGAGGGAAGAAACCAAAGAAGUCAAAGGGGUUCAAGACAACGGCUAGGAAAUCUGCCCGCUGGCAGCUGGGGGAGGACAUGAUAAGCGGGCAAUUCUUCCGCAAGGUGGAAGUUGACGAGUUCCUGACACCAGACCGUCUUGAAUCAUUGCGGGUGGAGAGGGAAGCUCAAUCACAGCCACGCCGAUCGAGCGACACUCUAAGUACCACCAGUACUGAUGACAGCGAGACGCCGCUCGAGCCGUUCCACCUCCAGGACCUCCCUUCUCGGAUAGGAGCAGCGGGAGUCAAGGUGACGGUGCCACCUGCUGCUGACGUGGUCGUACCACCAAGCCCUCUAAACCCAGGAGGGCGAUUGGAACGCGCUCUCAAAAAGAAGUCGUCACGAAGGAAGAAGCCAGUAACUAACGAAGAAUACGAGGGCGAGGGCCCCCUGACAAACGGCGAGGUCGGCGUGCCCCUUCCACCGGCAAAGAAUCCGGCAAGGUUCCUGGCCCGGCCGCAAGCGCCUCUCUUGCCGACAAUACCUGAAGUUAUCGUUACGACACCGGGAACUGGGAAAACCCCGGUCGAUAGAAGCAACAAGAUGGCAGCUCGGAGUUUCGCGCCGGUGGACAAAGACGGCUUUGUCUUCUUCCAGUCCACAGACUAUACUCUGAAUCAUCCCAUGUUCCGUCACGGACCGAUACGAUUUCCUCGAACGGAAGUCGUCAAGGGAAUGAAGAUCGACCCUGACGACACACUGGAUUGGACCGCCUUUCAGAUGGCCAUUCUUGGUGGCGCGGGAUACCUCUCCUCCGAUUCCACCGACUUCACACGGCUACCAGAGAAUGAAGAAGCUGCCGACCUGGCCUCCUGGUUCCAUGGCUUCUGCUUCGACAGCCCCGGCACCCUAAUCACCAGUGACAAACGGGCACGCUCACCGAAGGAGUCACUGGCGGUGCCGGCAAUGCUAUCUCCUAGUCCAUUUCCCAGACCCACGGCAGACAGCGAACUGCCCAUACCUGUGGGGUCCGAAUACCCCACGGGCUUCUGGAACGAGAGCGCCGUUAGCGUGUCCAAAAUCCCAAAGUCCGGGCGUGGCAUCCGGCGGUGGACGACGGAGGGUCAUCUCAAGCGGUUCAACCGCGAGAGCGUCGGGAGCCUGCCGCCCAGCCCGAUGAUGGACCUAGUCGUGAUGAGGGAUUCGGGGGGGGAGUUGGAAGUGGUGCCGAUGGGAUAUAAUCUACGACAUGACCUCGAGGAUUUCCUCAAGUGGGAGGCGGAGAACGUUUGUGUUCUGGGGAUGCACUGA